AUGUCGAACGAUCCGUCCGUUCGGAGGCUCUUGCCUCAAAACUCGCACUUGGGGCAGUUCUCCUAUGCGCAGCCCGCAUAUCAACAGCCUCGGGAAACCCAGAAGAACUAUGUGUUUGUAGAUGAGCACAACCGGCAUAAGCGGCUGAAAGUGAUGAGGGCUUGUGAAGGAUGCAGAAGGAGGAAGAUUAAGUGCGAUGCUGCCACGACGAAUACAUGGCCUUGCUCAGCAUGCAUCCGGCUGAAGCUGCACUGCGUACGACCAAACGGACAGUACGACGGGUCUGCCGAUUCCCAACCCUACGAAACACCCCGAUCCGAUUACGAGACGGGCCCAAUGCCGGAUGAGUUCAGGCAGAUGUCCUCGCCGUCGCAGCCAAUGAUGGGUGGUCAACCGAAGGGUAGUCUUUAUGGGGCUCAAGGGCCAUACUCAGACGGUCACGGCGUAUACCAGACCGUCCACUAUGGAGCUCCGCAGUCUGCCCAGCACAAUAUGCAUUACACGACAAUCCCACCUGUCGGAGUUAUCGAUCAUUCAUACGCACCGGCCAACGUCUUUCCGACGCCUCCAAUGCAUCACCAACAAGCACCGCACUCCGAAUCUUCACCUGAGUCUUAUACACAAGAUCAUUUUGCGUCAACCAGUGAGCUGGCCGACCUCCUUGGCACCCUCAAAAUGGAUGCAAGGGGCACUGCGCCGUAUCUUGACAAAAAGGCCGCCCUGAGGAACGUGGAGGAAGAGGAUCCGGUCACUGAAGACGCUGAUGAUUUCAGAGUCUCUUUACCCCCAAUGACUGCCGGUCCUGGUUCAAAGAUUCGCAUCCCUCCGGAACUCAUGCCCGACGAGGAAACUAUACUCCAUUAUUUCGACUUGUACUUUGCAAACGUGCACCCUUACGUUCCGGUUCUCAACAAGGCUCAGUUCUAUCAGCAAUGGCAUACCAAUAGGGAAUCCAUCUCUCCGCUGAUAUUGGAGGCAAUAUUUGCUGUCGCUGGACGUUUAGCUGAUGAGCCAGCUUUGGGACAGCAGUGGAUUGCCAUGGCGUCGAAGCACGCGGAUGCUUUCAUGGAUGUGCCGAGGAUCAGCACACUCCAAGCUCUGUUGAUCAUCCUGAAAGCGCGCGAGGCAUCGCCCAAGAAAGGUUAUUACUACCGUUCAUGGAUGUCAAUCGUCAACUGCAUAGCAAUGGCCAAGGAUCUUGGCCUUGAUGAGCAUUUCGAGGACCACAAAGCUGGAAAGCCAUGUGGAUCUAGUGCUGUCGACUGUUUGACCAAGAACCGUAUCUGGCAAACCCUCUUCAUCUGCGAGCUGAUGAUCGGAAGCCCUCAAGGCCGUGACGAUCUUCAAGUUGACCUAGAGUCCCUGGACUUCAGUGUUCCAAGGCCGAUGCCAGGCGGUGAUGAUGCCGAGUAUCAUGUCACUCGAAACUUCACCUACUUUGCUCGGUCCGUCCGCAGUGUCAGACGGAUGAAUAACGUUUACGCGAGAAUAAAGAGGAGAAAGGACUGGGGCAUCGACCCGGAGUUCGUCCAACUCAACCCCUCGAUGAAUUCCUGGCUAAGUGAUCUACCUGCUGAUCUUUCCGUUACGUUCCCUCCGGACGGCUCGCCUCCCUGGCUUCCAUCGCACUUCAUCGGAAACCUACACUCAUACUACUACCUGGCCGUAAUAAUGCUUCACCGGCCUCAGCUCACAUUCCUGGACCCUGCAAGUCAAGACGGGCAAUGGAAAUCGCACAUGAUCCUAUGCUUGUCAUCUGCAAAGCUCUUGUGCAGGCUUGAAGAGGCGAUGCUGCAGUCAUUUGGUUUAAGCGGACUGCAAUGUAUGCAGAGGGGUAUCAGCUUCACCAUCUACGCGAUUCUCACCUGCAUCCCGCUCUACCUUGUUGCCAUGACAUCUCCAGAUCCGGACCUGAACUCGGACGCCCGGGAAUACUUUACACGCCACAUGCGCAUUUUGGAGAAAACUAUGGGAUCCUGGCCAAUGCCGGAGAUGGUCAAACAGAUCGACGCCGUCCGCGAAGCCUUCUCUGCCGACCUGAGGAAGCCGUUUGCUCUGAAGCCGAGUUUCCCUUAUGGAAGCCCUGCCCAAGGCCACUCGACACCGCCCAGGGGCAACGGUCUGAAGCCUCCCAUGCUCCGGACGAACUCAAUGGAUCAAGUCAGUUAUACCAGUCAUCCCAUCACUCCGCCUAUAUCAGCGGGUCCUGUGGACAACAAAAGUGACUCCUCUCCUGCUAUACAGUCGCUCGUCAUGAUGGCUUCCGGCCAGUCUCAGGCCCCCUCCAUGGCGCAUGGACUAUCGAUGGCCGACCCUCCGUCCUGGAAUCCAUCGCGCAUUUUUGAUCAGUGGAAUUCUACUUUUGGUACGCCCCAGCCAAGCACAGUACCCCCUCAGUCCAGUCCCCUAAGUGUUCCUCCCUCUUCAGGUACCCCGGAAGUCCCGUCCGUCCAGGCCAUGCAUGGUGCAAACGCUCCGCUCCCGUCCGGUCAGGCCAUGCCUCCCCAACAGUACUCGGCUGCUCCGGUUCAAACCUUCGUGACGCCAGCAAUGUGGCAGGAAUCUGUGGCUAGUGUUUACGAAGGCGGCUUGAAGAGGCAGUGGGAUUCUCGGUAG